AUGCACGGGUUCCCGCUCCGAGACGUGGUGAAGGACGUCCACACAAGAGGAUAUUGGAAUCCCUGGCGACAGAGUCGCCAAAGACGUCUGCUGGGGUCGAGCUACCGGUCAAGGACAGACUCCGCAUGGUACAGCGGGCGCGUCGAGCUCUCAGAAUCCAAUGGUUUCAAAGUGCCACCGGCGGUGCCACCUGCGGCAUAUUCGACACCUCCUCCAGUCAUGCGUACGACGUAUUCGGCACCUCCUCAAACAAUACCUACUGUUGCGUACCCGACACAUGCACCAGCAGAACCAGUUACACCUACCGUACCUCCAGCCGCACCCACCUAUAUUGACCCUGCAGUGCCACCAAUGACACCUACCCCAGCUUAUGCAGCAGCACCGGGAAUACCUCCCCCGGCAUAUCCAGCGAUGACCCACCGUCAGGAUUUUCUGAGUCUUCGUCAGAACAAUUGCACAGUGACGGAGUACAAUGCUGAGUUUAAUCGGCUAGCCAGACUUUGUCCAGAAUUAGUUGCUGAGGACAGAUGUCGUAUGCUUCAGUUUGUUCAAGGAUUAGAUGGACAUCUGCAAGUAAAGAUUGCCAGUUUUAGGAAUUUGUCUUACAUAGAGGCAUUGGACAAAACCCUUAUGAUUGAGUCAGCUCACCAGAGAGUGUAUCCGGACAAGAAGCAGAAGCAGACAGAUUGGACAUCAGGACAGAUUCAAUCGCCACAAGUUACCGGACAACAACAGAGUGGUCGUAGUCGGCCAAGUUAG